GAGCUCUGGACGCUGAUUGGUGGAGCGUGCCGGUGACGUCAUGGCCAUUUGUUGUCCCGCGUGAGGUGUGUUUUCACUCUCAAAUAUUUCGCAAAAUUCACACGUCUUACAUGAUUCUAAACCCAGACAAAAGCAAAUAGCGCCCACGUAACAAUGGUGGGUGUGAGUGUGGUGCAAGUGGCCAAUGCAGUGCGCCACACUCCACUGCCCAGUUUGGCAUCUGAUGCUGAUGCUGGUGUGGGACCCGAGGAUCCUGUCAAAAGCUUGGACGCCCGUGCCAAUCCACUCCAUGUCUUGGGAGGUUUUGUUGGAGGAGGCCAACUGGCAUGGCGGGCUGCAGGACCAACAGUGGAAAUCAUUGAACCUGACAGAGGGACCCGAAAGGCUGCUUGGACUUUUGGGGCUGUUCUGCACAACAUUGGUGCUGAGGUGACCAGUGUAUGUGGAGUGGGCAAGGCACCUCUCACACAUGUGGUGGUGGGGGUGGACCUGGGGGCUGACCGAAGACCAAGAGGGCUGGUGGCACUUCUCUCCCUUCGCUCCUCCAGGGUGACACGUGCCUUCCACUUUGAGCACAAGGUGACAAAUCUGUGCAUGGUGUCUGGGGGAGAGCUGACUGUGGACAGUGGCACACUGGCUCCUGAACUGAGGCACUGGCAUGGAUUGCUGGUGGUUGGCACAGCUCAUGGCACUUUGCACCUGCUGGACCUGGCACUUGACCUUGGUGGUCACAAAGUGCUGUCUGAUGAAGUGUCACCUGGAACCCUCCUUGCUAUGGCAACACCUGACCCCAACGCUGAGCACAACCGUGUCAGCACUCUCAUGCAGAAGUGCCAUCCCACCAUGUGCUUAAGUGAUGGCAUGAGCUAUGGUGGACAUUUUCAACUGAUUGGACCAGAUGACAAUGUGCUGUUUGAGGUAGCAUCUCAACAGGUAUUUGUGGCAGCCCUGGCCUUCUUCCCUCAGCUGGCCUCCCUUGUUGUGGGCUACAACUUUGGGGCAUUCCAGAUCAUCAACCUCUCCACCCUGACCAUUGAGUGUGCAAGUCCCUAUGAGGAAAGCAUGCCCCCCGUACUUUCCUUUGCUUGCCAAGAACCAGAAAAUGACCCCAGGAAUUUUGUGUACUUAUGGCUGUGUCGAAGUUGGACCUCUGAAGCAGGAGGCAGGGAGAAGAGCAAGACAGGGCAAGGGUCACAUGCUCUUUGCACCAUGUAUGCUAUGAACUAUGACAGCAAGGUGUGGAUUGAGGGCCAUGGUCUGUGGUACCAGGGUCUGGCCUCCAUCUCGCCCAGAUUUGAAUUUGACAUCCUGGGAGGGCUUGGCCUCAGAGGGCAGCCUGUGGGACCCAGCCGGGUAUUUUCAGCCCUUACAGUGCAGCUGUCCUCUCCUCCCACUGCUAGUGGUUCUGGCGGUCCAUCCUCUGUGGGUGCCCUCACUGCCUCUGAUGAGGACUCUGGGUCUGUGCUAGAGCAGAGUCUUUGUCUGUUUGGCUGGGUUGGUGGAGUGAAAGACAAAGGCUUUAUCUCCCUCAACCACUACUUAGCUGUGUUUGAUAUCAACCAAUGGUACCAGGCCCACAUGCCAUCUUCACUUAAGCUGGAGGAGAGCCACCUGUGUCCCUACAUGAGCUUCCAUCUUCUGGAUCGUGUGCCGGGGAUCACUGCUGAUGGAACAUUGAGUGAGGUGGUGAUGGGUGCCAUACCCAAGCCUGCCUCCUGGGCCCAGCACAUCUCACACACCUGCAAUGACAGUGACUGGUUUCCUGCUGCUCUGUCCUAUGAUGCUCUUGUUUUAACCAGUGACAGUCUAGUUGAGUAUCGGUGCCAGAGUGCGCAACAAGCAGCUUUGGCCUUGCUCACCUCCUGUGGUCCUGCUGCUAUUGUCAACCCAGAAGAGGCCCAUGCUGUCUGUGUGUUUGCAGGUCUCAUCCCCUCUGACCCACACCAUCAUGUUUCGUCCUCAUCGACAUCCCCCAUGAUGUUAGAGCGAGAAGCACUACUCAAUGUGGCACUGGACCAGCAGCUUGUCUCCCUCUUGGUUAAGUGUGUAACCGAGUUUUCUGAAGGCCGCUUCACCAACUUGGGCUGCUCACUCCCCUCCCUCCUCGACUGGGCUUGGGGAAGAGUGACUGAGAUCAAGACAUCCAAUGACAACCUUUGUCUAGUACUCUUUGAUCCAGACUGUGGUGUGGUGAGUUCAGAAAACAUUGCUUUGCUGCAUCAGAACCUCACCAACCUCAUCACUCUUGCCACUAUUAUCACCACUAUUCGGGACUAUGCCCAUUCCAACCUUAUCACUCUGCAAGGUGCAAAUGAACUUGAGGGCCGAGUGAGGGUGGUGCGACUGAUGGUGCUACAUCUGGAGGCAGUGCUUUGGUUUUACCAUUGUGGCUUGCUCUCACCCACCUCAAUUGAAGAUCCAGGGGAUGAGUGCUGUGUCCCUUUCCCAGCAGAGCUGCUGUCUCGGAUAUACAGGAACAGACGCACUGAGAUCCGCAAUCUGAGUGCAUCCCUGACUGGCAACGAGGUGCUCAUGAUUGAUGGGCUUUUGGAAGAGGCUGCUGAGGUCUCGGGGGGCAGCAUGGGCCAGGCCUGGGAGGAAGAGGGUGGCACCAAUAGCAGUAAGAGUGCUGGAGUUUACCCUCCUCCAAGUCUCCAUGGUCUCCUCAAUAUGUUUCUCCUGCCUUAUGUCCCCACCACCACCAAACACCGCAUUGUGCAGUACCUCUUCCUGGACCUGGCCUCCCUGCUCUCUGAUGGGUAUGUCAGGGUUGUAGAGGAGCUGGUCAAGUAUCCCUCAAGUUUUUCCCUCUCUCCCUCCCUCAUCAAGCUUACACAGGCCUUUUGGCUCCUGGACCAUAAGGACUUUCAGGAAGGAUUAAAUGUGCUGUUGGAUCCCCUCGUGAACCCGUGUGACCUCACCCCCUGGCAGCACCGCCGCAUCAUGAAGGCGUUCCUCUACCAGGGUGAACAUGGACGAGCAUUGACUUAUGCCAAGAUGCGGCAACCCCCCAAAGUUGACCUGGAUGACAUUCGGUUGCACCUGACACUGCUGCUGGCCAAUAAACUGGUGCGGGAAGCCUUCCACUACCAGCGAGCUCAUCGUACCACAGCCAACACUGAGGACCUGCUGCAGCAUUUCUUUACAGGAUGUGAACAGCAAGGGCGGCUGGAAAGUGUUAUCCACCUGCCACUGUCAUCCUUGGAGGAGGCUGCAUUGGUGACUUACCUGCGCACUUCCACCAGUACCUCUGCCCAUGACUACCUCCUUGUUUACUAUCUACAGCGGGCCAGAUUUGAUGAUGCAGCCCUCCUGCAGGACAGCCUUCGUGGAGGCCUGGGCACUGCAAGGCGGCGGCACAGCACUCGCUCUGCCCUUGUGCAUGGCUACCUCACCCACCUUCCUGAUGUGGCCAGCAGGCUGUCGUCUGCUGUCAAGAGGCAUGCCCCUGAACCCAUCAUGUACAAGAAGCCACCACCCCUCUCAGCCCACAUCCGCCAGUCAUCAGCUAACAUAAGGUCCCGUGCCAGUGCCCUGGAGGACCAGCUUGGCUCUCCGCCCAUUUGUGUUGAGCCCUACACUCCCUUCAGGAAUGCAGCACAGAGGCGGCGAGCAUAUGAGAAGGGAGACUUGGAUGACUAUGACAUUCUGGUCACACCAAGACGGAAAGAAUCAAGCAGAGAUGCCUCCCAUGUAGUAUUCCCAUCUAUGGAAACCUCACCAACUCUCUUGUUGGAAGGAGAGACAUCGGGACUAUAUAGUUUAGGCCCAGGCCGGCGGAGUCACCUUGGUGAAUCCACACAUAUUGGAGAUGGUCUAAUCAAGGUCAUGGAAUCUGCACUGCGACGUAGCAGCAUGCAGAGCGCUGCCACACCCAGAAAGAGUAUGACCCAGAACAUAUCAGCUGAUAUGCUGUCAUUGCUGCAGACACCCAAGAUCAAGCGAAAGCGAAGACCAGACACUCGACCAGGUCCAGAUGACACCCUCACAGACACUCCACAAUCCAUCCUCAAGGUGCGGCAGAUGGUCCAGCGUCCUCUCAGCCCUGCAACUGCCAGUGAUGCUUCAGUCCCUGUGUUCCCUCGCCUCUCUGCCAGGAAGGCCAAGAUAUCUGCAGCAGCGGCAGCAGCAGUGGUAGAGGAGUCAGCCCUCAACCGCAGCACAGACACUAGCCUGACCCCUAAGCAGUUGCGAUUCCAUCUCCCCAAAGUGCAGGCCAGGGCACAGCUUAGGCCCAAGGGGUCAUCCCGGUUAUCAGCAGACAGUGAUCAGCUAAUAGAAGAGGAAGAGGAAGAAGUUGAAGAGGAGGAAGCAGGUGAAGAAGAGGAGGAGAUGGAAGAAGAAGCUGUUGAGGAGGAAGAGGAAGAAAUGGAACAAAAUACACCUAAAUUGGAGGAAGAAGUUAAGAUGGAUAUGCAAAUAACAGAACCAAGGCUGGAAUCUGAGAGGCACCAGACAGGCCUGGGGAUACCCACUCCUCGGCAGCCUCUGCACGGCCCUGUUACCUUGCCUUCCAGCUGGCCGAGCCAAAAGCCAGAGAAAGCCAUGGACAUGCAGGGCGACGUGUCACCAGCAGAGGUGUCAUUAGAAGAGGAAGAAUCAUCUGAAGUCCCCAGCAAAGAGACAACUCUCAAUGACAUGUUCUACAGUUUUGUAGAGGAAGAAGAAGCAGCUGACCAAGAUGAGACUGAGAAGGCUAACACUGAGAAAGAUAAUAGUGUUGAGGAGGAGGAAGAAGAGAUGGAGGAGCUUCAAGGUAUAGAAAUCUCACGGGAAGUUGGAGAAACAGAUGAAGAUGAUUUGAAUACUGAAGCUGAUGAUGACAAAAUUAGUGAAGAAGAAACACAGGAAGAAGAAAAGCAGGAGGACAGCAUGCCUGAGGACACAAGCAAGGCAGAAAAACAAGAUACAGAGCUUGAAAGUGUCUCAGGUGUUAGUGAGAACGGAAACAUUGAGAAAGAAGAUGAGGACCAUCAGCAACAACAUACUUGUGAGAAAACUUCCCAGAGGCAUGACAAGUCUGCUGUCAGUCUGUCAGAUACAUUAGAUAUGGCAGCAGAAGAGGUUGAGGAGAAACCCAAGAUGCUUCCAACCAGUCAGGAAUCUUUAGGAGUAGAGAAAGACAAUGAAGCACCUGCUGAUUUUGUGGCUUUGAAGGAGCAAGAAUAUGGUCCUGAGGAGCGUGGUGAGGGGGCCUUGAGGGAAGAUGAAGGCUUCUCAGAAGAAAUAGAACCACCUCAUGAGGAGGCACAGGCACCGGAGGAGGAGUUGGAGAUAUCAAAUGGUGGAAGGUCAGUGAUACUUGCUUCAGAGAGUGAAGGAAGGGAAGUGCAUGGUAACCAGGAGGAUAUAGAGGAUAAGGAAGAGGAAGAGGAGAAAGAAAAGAAGCAAGAGGAAGAGGAGGAAGAAAAGAAGCAAGAGAAAAAGGAGGAAGAAAAGAAGGUGGAACAAGAAGAAAAGAAGCAAGAGGAAAAGGAAGAAAAGAAGGUGGAACAAGAAGAAAAGAAGCAAGAGGAAGAGGAGAAAGAAAAGAAGGUGGAACAAGAAGAAAAGAAACAAGAGGAAAAGGAGGAAGAAAAGAAGGUGGAACAAGAAGCAAAGAAGCCAGAGGAAGAGGAGGAAGAAAAGGUGGAACAAGAAGAAAAGAAGCAAGAGGAAAAGGAGGAAGAAAAGAAGGUAGAACAAGAAGCAAAGAAGCAAGAGGAAGAGGAGGAAGAAAAGAAGAUGGAACAAGAAGAAAAGAAGCAAGAAGAAGAGGAAGAAAAGAAGGUGGAACAAGAAAAAAAAGAGGAAAAGAAGAUGGAACAAGAAGAAAAGAAGCAAGAGGAAAAGGAAGAGGAAGAUAAUGAAGAGAAAGAGAGAACUGACACAGAUUCUGUCACACAUACAACAGAAACUCCUCAGCAAGAGAAGAUCUUCAGCAUUGAGGAGUGUGUACCUGCAAGGGAAGAGAAGGAAGACAUGGACCACUACAUCACCACACAGGAAGAGGAAAUGAUUGCUGAUGCAGUGUCUGAGGGUGAGGAAGAGCUCUGUCUCAACUUGGAAUCAGAUGAUGAGGUCAGUCCUAUUCUUUCCACCACAGAGGUUAAGAGUAAUGAACCAAAUAACAGGGAAAGAAAGGAUGAGCAAGUGGUUAUAGAGGAAAUGGAAGUGGAUAUUGUUAAGCCUGAGAUGGAUGAGCAGGACACUGCCACAGAUCAGAGACCCACUGAAGCAUCAAUAGAAAAUGAAAGGAGUCAGCAGUCACUUCCAUCUGGGAAGGAAAAUUAUUCAGUGGACAUGAAACUCAGUGCACAGGAAAGCCCAUCAGCCAUGGAUAAAGAUCAGGAAAUGGCUGUAGAGGAUAUUGUAGAAUCUACCCUCAAAGAAAACACAAGAGUCCAUAGUUUAGCAAGUGAGGAUGUCAAGGAUGAUGCAACUACACCAAAACUAGAAUCAGAGGUGAAGCAGUCAGACCAAACCUUUGUGGUGGAGGAGAGUGAUGUUUUGUCUUUAAAGAUGGAGAAGAACUUGAGUGAAUCAAAGAAAGAACUAAAAAGGGAUGAGACACCCACAUCUUAUAAUCAGCACAAGUCACAAAAUGACUUGGAAGCAGCAGCCACAGAUGUUGGGGUACCACUUGGAAGUCAAGAGCAGGAUACAGUUGAUUGUGUGGUACCUGGUGAUAAGGACAUCCCUGUACCUAUGGAGGAGGACUCUGAGGAAAGGAUGGUAAGUGAGGCUGAUGGAGCAAGUCCACCCAAGAGGAGGAAAGUAGAGAAAGACAUACAAGAAGAAAUAAGUCAUCCUAUAGAGGAACAUGAAACUCAAAUGCCAACAAAAGAGAAGGAAGAUGAGAAGGCAGUGGAGGAAAAAGAGGGAAAUAUUCUGCUCACUGAGAUGAAGUUGGAGAGUUCUGUUGCUCUGGCAGAAUCUAGUAGAGAGCCUCCUUUGUCUUCACCAAAAGAAGUGAUGGUAGUUGAAAGCUUAUUGAGCUCCUCCCCAGCUGCAUCUCCUCUUUCCCCACCACAGGAGUACAAAGAUCCCAUUAUUUCAGACACAACCCAACAGCACAUGGAGAGUUCUUUGAGUACUGGCAUGUCUCCAGAACACACUAAUGAGGCUGUCCAUUUGUCUUCCCAAAGGAAAAUCACCAGAUGCUCCCCCGCAAGAGAACUAAUCACCACCCCUCUUAGAAGGAGUCGAAGGUUGAGUGGAGCUUCCACUUCCUCAGCCCCAAGUACACCUAAGAGGACAUCCAGAUCCACUACACCAGCACGGGAGGAGGUGGAAGAAGUACAUGACCGAAGGUUGAGUGGAGCCUCCACUUCCUCCCCUCAAAGUACACCCAAGAGGACAACCAGAUCCACUACUCCGGCACGGGAAGAAAUGGGAGAAGUACCUAUAGAGAUGGUCACAAGAUCUGGGAGGAAGCUCCUGCAGGUACCAACACCACUCACAAGGUCAAAGGGUAGCCCUGUGUUAUCCCUUGUAACCCCGAGCAGGAGGACUAGGAGGACAUCUGGAUCUCAGGAGGAAAUGAAGGCAGUGUCUCAAAAGCUGUUGUUGUCUCCAGAAGUAGAAGCAGAGAGUGAAGAUACCUCCAGCCAACAAAGUCAAGAGACGCUUCCUGCAGCCUUGCCGGCCACACCUUCACGCCGCAUCACUAGGAAGAGUCACGCUGAAACUUUAGAGACUAUUUCAGAGGACAAGGAGGUGGUGAGUACUAAGAGUGAAGUGAAGGCAAGGACACCAACCACUCCCUCUAAGGGUGCAACAAGGAGGUCAAGAAGGUUGAGUGCAUCAGAGGGUCUGGAAACCAUUGAGGAAAAUGCCUUGUUGACAACUAAAGAGGAUCCUCAGACCCCAGCCACCCCACGACGCAGCAGCAGGAGAAGGUCUGCAGGUCUUCAAGAAUCUGUUACAACACCCCAGAGGAAGGGGAGGAGAACCAGCACAGAGUCUCUCGCUGAGGAAUUACCACAUUCCAAGUACCCACACAGGACAAAAAGAUUAUCAGGAGACCUUUCAACAGUGACACCACAGAAAAAGACUCCUAGGAGGAGGAAAGAAGCCCAGCCUGACACCCCAGCCAAAGGGGCCAUCAAUGAGGGACACUCUUCCCUAUUAGAAAAGGAAGUUGGAAGUAUAGCCAGCAGGACAAGGAGACGAUCACAUUCAGAGGACAGUACCAGAGAGGGAGGAGAGAGCGGCAGGCAAGGCAGUGUGACGUCAUUUGUGGAGUCACUGUCGGCUUCCCCUACCAGAUCAACACCAGUCACUAGUGUCAAAGACUCAGAGAGCAGUGAAGAAGAUGACCGGCAAACCAGGAGGCAGAGGGUGAAGCAGCAGGAGGGCAAGGAGAUCACAACCCGGAGGAAGAGCCGCCGACUCACUCAGGCUUCACUCAUUGUGGAUGCAAAUAUAAAAUCCAAGCGAAAGUCCAUGAAAGUCUACUCACUUUCUGAUGAGGCAAGCAAGUUCAUGGAUCUGAUGGAAUCUGGCAAGAAAACACAUCAUGCCUCAAGAAGUAAAAGGAAGAUGCAGCCACCAUCCCCCUCUGACUCAGUGAUAUUAUUGAGAGGAAGUGAGGAACAGGAGGCAGAAGCAGAAGUUGAGAUGGAGAGUGGCUCAGAGGAGGUGAACCUGGAAACUGGACUGGAUGUGGAAGAUUACUCUGAGAGUAGUGAAGGAGAUGACAGGCCAACCAGGAGGAAGCAGCUGCAAGCCAAAGACGAAGAUCAUGAGAGCAAGCAGGCCUCAAAGAAGAGGAAAAGCCGUCGUGUGGUUCGUGCUUCAGCUGUCGGGUCUCUUCAUUCAGACAAAAACCAGCGAAAGUCCAGAUCUAUGAAGCUUUACACACUUUCUGAUGAGGCAGCCAACUUCAUGGAUUUGAUGGAGGAAAGCCCUCAUCAUGUCAAAAGAAGCAGAAGGAAGGUAAAGUCAGGAUCCCCAUCUUCUCCAGUAAUACUACUGGGAAAUGAUGAUCAGGAAGCAGAGGUGGAAAUGGAGAGUGGCUCAGGCAAGGUGAACCUGAAAGCUGGCCAGGAUAAGGAGAAGAAUAAAGAAGAAAGUAAUAUGCUCACCACUACCACAAGGGCUCUCUCAUCAAAACGGAGGCCAUCCAGUGACACCACCACACACCUAGUAUUAGACUCAGGGGAAGAAAGGCAGUUAGUUGGGGAGGAACUAUCAGGGACAAAACCAGAGGAAAAGAAAUUGCUUAAAGGAAUGGGAGAUGAAAAAGUUAUCCAGGAAAUACUAGAGAGCAAAACAGAAAUGGAGUCUGAUGUCAAGGACAGCUUGAAGGAGACUGCUACAACUGUUCCACCUCAAUUCAAGUUUGCCAAGCCAAAAGCAGUCAGCAGCAAGAGGGAAAAUCGGGCACUGGAAAACCUGACAAAUGAGGCCAUCAAGUUCCUUUUUUCUUCUCCCCUUGCUGCAGGAAGGACUGCAAAACAAACAAAGGGAGAGGAAGGCUCCAGCUCCAGUGAAUCAGAGGCAGGAACUAGCCACAAAAGAACUUCACACAGCAGUAAAUAAGAAAGCAGGCUAAGGAUGUAAAGAAUAUGAUUCGUUAUUAUGACAUGAGAAAUUUGAAAGCAGCAGCAUUGGGAUGGUAAUUGUCUUACAGCAAGUACUUACUGUCUCCUGUUAGGUCCAUCUCAUCUUGCUGGUUACAAAAGAUGCAACAAACCAUCGUUUGUUUUUGUAACUACGCUGGUUGUUACUAUAGAAAGUUCUCUUUUUCACAGUCUGUAGGGAUAUAUGAUGUACAAAAUCAACAAAAACAACAACCUGUCUCUCUGGUCAGUAUGUUACUUAGGUAACUGGGAACUUGAGUAUGAUGUCCAAGCAGUUUACGGCUAUGAUUGAAAAUGACAAAAAUUUUGUAAAUGCAAUUUUAUGCCCAUAAUAGUGUGCAAAGCUAUCUUCAUAAAAAGGACAAGGAGGAUAUCAUCAGUGUUGAUUGACAGGAGUUAACAAUGUGCUGCAUUUCUUGUUUUUAUAUUUGGAAAUAAUGCAGCUGAGGGCAUUGUUAGUGUAUAUAGGAUAACUCAUUGUACAAUAAUGUAUUUAUAUAAUUAAUAUGAAGGAUAUAUUUUUUUCCAGAGUAAAACCUGCCCUGCUAAUAUUUCAUGUAGCCAGAUAAGUUGAAAAUUGAUGUGUCAGUCGUCAUAUCUAGCAAUAGUUACAGUGAGUAUUGAGACAGAGCAAGGCUGCUUCUGUCCCUGUGGGUGCCAACAAAGGCAGGAAUACAAAAUGUUCAAUUUCAUUAUUGGUGAGGGCAAGUGUUGCCACAAUUUUAAAUGAACAAGGCUGUGAUAAGUUAUGUUCCCCCUUUAGACUUUAGUGGCUUCUUUCAAGAUUUUUUUUUUUUUUUUUUUUUUUUUUUUUUUUUUUAGCAUAUUAAUGUCUACUGCUUAUUCCACAAAUGCACACUUUAUAUUUUUUAUAUAUUUUUUUUAUUUCAUAUAUUUUUAUUUUUUUUAUUUAUUUAAUUUGUUUAUUAUUAUUCAUUUAUUUAUUUAUUUUUUAUUUUUUUUACAAAUGAAUUGGUGGACUGUUUUGAUAUUUUGUUUGCUUCCUGGUGUAGUCUUGAUGGUGACACUUCAUGCUGUAUAGUCUGGGGCAGCCUUCUAACUUCAUAUUUUUUCGGGAGGAAACAGUCCACUGUGAUUGAGUGUUGCCUCAAACUAAGCUGUAUUCCAGGAACUCCUCAGCAGGUGCUCAAUUAACUCAUAUGCUGCUUUCUUCCUUGUUUAUAUGCUAAUGUUAAUUUUUAUUUUUUUAAUGGUGAUGCAAAAUUUUAUGCUGGUUUUUGUUGAAUUCUCAUUUUAUAAAUACUGGUAUUGUAAAAGAAAAUGCAAAAAUAUUGCCAUGAAGUGAGCUUAUUAGGUUGUUAAUGGCAGCAAUCAUCAUUAUGAUAGGAAAAAUUGACCAAAUGCUGCCUGUAAAUUUGCAUUUGCAAGGUUUUAAUUUUCAUAUUAAGGCAUUGUUUCCUUCACUUAAAAUGCAUGAACAGAUAUCUUUGUUAUUGUGGGGUACAGUGGCCAUUAAAUGAUUGUUACAUGAUAGGUAAUGCUGCUGGUUUCUGUUUUAACUUUUUGAACAUGUAAUGUUCCUUAACUUGUAUGAAAAAUAAAAUGUGAUCUUCA